ACUGUGCUAACUUCAGUUAGGUGAUCAAGAGGACGAGAUUUCGAGAUUGAGAUUGAGUCUGAGAGUGAGAUAUAGGCCUAGAUUCAAACAGAUGUGACUUCUAGUUCUACAUCCUUGUACGGUAUAUCGGCGAAUAAAACCUUAGAAACACAAUAGUUAAUGAGAAGCAUGCCAAGUCACCAUGAUGCAAACAAUAGAAGAUGUAAGAAGGCUGACCAGGAGUGACAUGAAUGGCCAUCCUGCAGGUCGUACGGACACCCACUUACGGUCCGUCGUCCGCAACCACUCCAUACCCAUGAGCAGAAGUCUUCCUGUGAACCAGCCAAGGUUUGAAAAGCCCCGUGAUGAUUUAUGGCGCAGCUCACAGAGCCUUACGGGCCGAGCCUCGGCUAUGACAUACAACCACAAGCAGUAUCCGUCAGCUUCGGCUGCACUGUCAGAUUAUAUUUCAGACUACGAAAGCCAAAAUUCUUCUCAAGAUUCACAGUCACAGCCUUCUUACAGAAGAACUGUGAGUGAUCUGCUUCUUCCUAAGUCGUCACUUCAGAAAACAGCACAAAGAAGCCUAGAGACAGGAGAUCAAGACACCAAAGAUGAAUUCCAUCGCUUCAACAUCCGCAAGCUAAUUGAUGACUCAUACGAGCAGAUUCUAAGGGCAGAUUUGGAGCAAGGAAAAGCAUCUACAAUAGUUGCCACUGCCAAGCAUCUUGGAUCAGACAGUUCUUUGACCAUAGGAGAAUCAACUUCUAAUGGGAAAGAGUUUUCAGACACUUUAAGUGAAAUUAGUUCAUCAACUGAUGCUCUUCUGUUGGCCAACCCAUACAUGGUGAAGUUCAGUCAACGUGGAAGGACAUCAGAUCAAGGUGCUGCCUCAUCAUUACGUAGGUCAAGGAGCAUGGAUUCAGCAAGGCUUUCUGCCUCAUCCAGCUAUGCUAGGCAGAGACACAUAAAGAGCUUGGGGAGAAUGAAUGAGACUAGGCAACGCACAAGGUCAAAUUCAAGCCAGUUAAGAAGUCAAAGACCUCAAGUUUCUUUAGACAGCAGCAGUGUCUUGAGGAUGUCUCAUGGGGUUCCAUCACCAAAGCACUCUGUGUAUGAUAAAAGACAGGAAACAAGAAGAACAGUGUCUUCCAGGAGCGAUGGAAGACCCAUUCCUGCAUGGGUCUCUGACCUGGACAGCUCUGCAAUGAGCAAGAAGAGGCUAGACACCCUCUACACAGACACUCUGUUGAGUGCAGAUAGUAGUGGUACAAUACACCUGGAUUCCAUGAAACAAAGUCAGAUGAAUGGAACAUCCAUGCCGUUACCUCGCAGUGAUCUAAUGAUGCACACUUUGUCUUCACAGGGUCAUAUAGAGGACCGAGCAUUGUCAGUUAUGUCAGCAGCACGACCUCCACCCUCUUGGGUUGAAGAGUUGGAUACCACUGUUGAUAGCCUGUCAGGCUCCUUAAGAAUGCUUGGCAAGAAAAUGGAAGACCGUUAUACCAGAGAUCAUAGAGCUAACCAUCGGGCUAUCAUCACCAAUAGUCAUAAGAAUGGAUUGUCUGGGGAAAUGUCUCAGCCAGCAAGUCUACAGUCAGAUUUAAAGCAGCAUAAGGUCACAUCUAAACACACUGCAUCAGAAAUGAGAUAUCCUAAAGGUUGGAAUAUGGACAGAAACAUAAUCAAAGACAGGACUACUUCUGACGUAGCUUUUACCAAAGACAGGACGAUAAGUCAGAGACUCCACAGAAGGACACAUAGUGCCAGUACCAAUGACCUGAUCAAAGAGUCACCUCAUUGCGAUACAACUAAUGCUCCUUCCUCCCACGCUGUCAAUCACCGUCUCCACCUGCUAAGACAGAGUAAAGGUAAACCACAAGCCAGCCACAAGGAUAAGUCUUCCAGAACUUCAACACUAAGAUCAUCCACCCGCACCAACUUGCCUUCUAUACGGUCACCUCGCCAGGGCCACCUUUCACCACCAUCAUAUUUUGUCACCGAAUCAGACCUGCAACAGUCCACCAAGAAAACACAACUAGACAUCAGUACUACCACAGAUAGCCUUAUUUAUUCAUCUCCUUUUGGCCUUGAUCGGGACAUGCCCUUUCCUGACCUGUCAGUACUACCGCCAGCUUACGGUGAAUCACAUCAACUGUCUCCUGUCCAAAGUGAGGGCCUUGAUAGAACACUGAAAGAGGAGGAACUUGCUUCAUCUUUGAGCUCUCUUUCAUCUAUAACAUUAGAUACAGAUAAUCUAAUGAAUGGGAAGGCAGCAAGGACACCCCUCAUAGCAGAUCAUGUCAGCGAAUCAACAGUUGGAGAUACGGCUAGAACGAAUGCCAUGCUCCGUCGAGCUAACCGCAUCGUGGAGAAUACCCAGGUUAGUCUCAACAACUCCAGUCUCUUGGAGGAGCAGGCAUAUACAGAGAGGAGCUCGGAUACAGAGGAACUCCUGGCAGGAGACCAAGAAUUAAUGACCAGAGUACAAACACACUUAAAAGCAGAGGGAGACGCCCACUGGGAUCCUACAACUCAGGAAAUGCUUGAUCAUUUUCUAGAAGAUUGUAUUCUAUCAGGAAAGGAGAGUCCUGAUAUUUCUGAGGAACGUAUUUCUGAAGGCCCACUUGAGUCACUAAAAAAUAUGCUGUUCAAGCUGCAGGACAUGGCAUCACUGCAUGAUGUAGAAUCGGGAGGAGAAACAAAAUUACACCAGCAUAGGGAACCUUCGUCAGAAAGAAGCAAGGUAAGUCCAAAAGACAGAUUCUGAUUGUGUAUGGUUUAAAACUAUUUAAUCUAAUUCAGACUGUAGGCUAUCUUCAUUUUGGCUAAACAAUUUGUUCAUUAGUUUCUUUCACUUUGUAUAGUUGGGACCUUGUCAAAUUGCUAGCAUGUGAAAUUAUCACUUGUUCUAUCCACUGUUUGGUCCAGUUCCCAUCAGGGCCGGUAUUCAAUUGAAAGUAUUGACUUUGUAAGUAUUUUCUUAGCAUUUUGCUUGGCUAAGCAAAAUGCUGAAAUUCGUAUUCAGAUCAUAUCUAUAAAAUAUUUUACUCUGUCAAGCCAAAUUGAAGCAAAAUCCUUACUAAAAACCAUUGUGACAUCAUAAAGAUUUAAGUCUGUUAGGCGGCUGAUUAGAUUUAAGCAAAUUACUUAGCCAAAAAUGCAAUUGAAUACCAAAGGUGGAUAAGUAUUUUACUUAAGCAAAAUGCCGAGGAAAAUAUUUAAAAUUCUGGCUUAAGUAUCUAAUUGAAUACUGGCCCUGACUUUUAAUAGCUGAAAUACAACUUAGCCAAAGUAUAGUAGACUACAUGGAGAAUAUCACAAGGGGAGUAUGUUUUAUUGAUUUCCAUGAUUACAAACAAACUAGAUUUGUACUGUACCCAAAAGUUGAUUUAUAUGACCUGGGGGGUGUUUCACAAAGAUUUAAGUAUGACUUAAAUUGCACUUAAAUGCCAACGCAUAUCUGAUAUACAAUGCGCAAUCUAAUUCAUCAAUACGCAGAAGUGCACAUCCUCUUGGCAUGAUCUGACCAAUGCAAUCAUACCUUUUAUAACACACGCAACCAGGCAUUUAAGGGCGAUUCUAAGUCAUACUUACAUCUUUGUGAAACACCCCCCCUGGUUAUUAAAACCAAUUGCGAUGUGACUGCUUGGAGACAAAAAUUAAGUUAGACAGCAUGAAUUUUGACUAAGAUCAAUUUGACCAAGAGAUAGUGAACCUAGAAGACUCAACCCGAUGAUAAAAAUUUCAUUGAAAAUUUGUAUUACAACGGACAGCUU